GAUGUAGGUGACACUGCCACGCGCAGGAACUGAUACCCACAAUGCACGCGGCUGGUGUUGCUAAUGGAGUUUGUAGAAAAAAAAAAACAAGAGAGUGAGGAGCAGGGAAGGUACGGGAAAAAAAAAGGGGGAGCGAUGGUGGAACUGCUGUAUAAAACGAUAUUUCGCCAAAUAGAAGAGUGCUCAUUCAAGGGUAACAACUAAAAAAAAAAAGGAGUACUUUUAAUGACUUUUAUUUGCAUGUGUUUUUGUGCCAUUUAAAUAAGUUUUUAUUCAGUAUUGGCUACACCCGAAGGAAAAAUUUACUCACUUAGGAGUGGAACACUUUAUGGGCUAGAUCUGAAAUGUUCAAGAAGAACUGAGAACUUCGCCCUUGGAAAAUGUAAAAAAACAAAAACAAAACCAGAAAACAAGCUCAGAAGUUUGUGGGCACAUUUCAGAGUUGCCUUCACCUUUAUGAUAUCAAACAUGUCAUUCUUGACAACUUUACUCGUGGUACUAUCUGGGUCAUCUCUGGUCAGCGCUGGACUUUACGUGCCGUCACGGAAUUACGUUUUCUUCAUUCCAAGAAGCCUGGUCCCAGGUGACACGUUCGGGGUCAUUCACACGCUGGACAGCUACGCCAUCCCUUGCCGCGCUGGCCAAUCCCAGCUCCGGCUGAAGGAACAGCUACGCAGCAACGUAACAGCACAGUGGGACGGUCAGGACAUUGUCCUGAAAGUGAUGUCCAACCUAAACUCUUGGACAUUGACUGACAAAAUCAAAUUGUCUUUGAGCCUCCAGUGUGAAUGGGGGACGGACCCCUUGCAGGAUUACUACAAGCCUCUGACCACCACAGAACUGACCUUCGAGGUUGACCACUACCAGGCCUCGAAGUCCACCAAAGUCAAAAAGGGCCGCUCGGUGAUGAUGAAAAACCCAUGCCCGACAAAAAGCGUGGUGUACGAAAUUAUAGAGAACUCGGGAACUGGGGUGUUGGACAACUGGGGAGUAUUUCGAAUGCCUCCGGUACCCCAUGGCCAGGUACUUGUACUCAAAUGUGAGUCUUGUGCUGACCACCUCACCAUCAACGAAACCUCCAAUGACAUUUAUUUAGUCUCGCCACCUGACCGCGAACUACAGCAGACGUUUGAAGUGAAGGGUUCUUGCGCCGUUAGACGCGACGGUCAGACCCUGGAAGAGAGGACCUUCAGUAUUGUAGUCCAAGUGUAUGAUGUGGAUGACUCGCACCCCUACACCAGCAAUGACAGUCGCCAGCAGCUGGAAGAAAUUGUUUCACCAAUCAAGAUUGGCAAGGACAUAGUCAUCACAUCUUACGAUAACGACAGUAGCAAAAUAACGAACAAUAACUCCUACAAAGUAUACACCAACGACAGUCUUGGCAUUAUCGUCCUUGGCAGCACAAAGUUCUAUAAAGACUAUAAAGGCAAGACGAUGAUCAAGACCAAUUUCUCCAUGGUGAACAAGAAGCUACCCAGUUCCUACGUCGUCGACAUCGUCAAGGAAAAUUGGAAAUAUCAUCCUCACGGGGAGACAACUAUGAAGAACAAGGUCAUUUUUAGGUAUACGUUCCUAAACACCCACAUAGUUGAGCUUCAUACCUUGAGAGGAGUUGUUCUGGACACUGCCGCUGCCAAAUUUACAUUGGUGACGUCACUGAAGAAUGAAUCAGAGGAGACUGCAGACGACACAGCAUAUUUUAUGCACACUGUGCACCCCUUGUCCGGUGUGCUGGACAUGACAUCCGCUGGACAUGUGUAUGUUAAGGAGGCGGGUAUACUCGGGAGAACAUCAGCUCCGUCGUUGAUGGUCAAGAUGAUCAAAACUGUCCGAAAUGUCACUAUCAAAGAGUUUGAUCUUACGGUCAGGUUGACAACUAAUGGAGGUCACGAGGUCAACUGUGAUGGAAGCUGCUCGGAAUACAAAAAUGAAUCAGCAUGCGUCACUUCCUGUGGCUAUGGUGCCGUAUCCGGCAAAUGUGAAUGGUACACGGGCGACAACUCGGCCAACUACAGUCAAUGCACGCCGAGCGUACGAACGUGCCCAGAUGGAUUUUGCAGUGAGCUGGAGAUGCUGAAUGACCUCAUUUGUCCGCAGGACUGUGACCCUGGGGCGCCAAGAAGAAACAGAAGUCAACCCCUGGACGCGGAGACUGAGCAGAAACUUUGCUUGUACGACAGUGAACCUUGUGUCUCUCUGGCUGGACAAACUGGUAAAGUUGAAGACGAUGACGUCAUAUGCACCACUCCUUGUAAGACCGGACUGGCUGUGUCGAUCACUAUCCUGCUGGUCGCCGCAUUGACCAUUGGCCUGGGAACCAUGAUUUGGAACCGGACGCGCAAGCGCCAGCCGGUGACCUUGAAGCAUGUCAACAGCCUGGUUUCCAUGACAGCUGUGCCUUCCGACUACAUCGUGGACGACGCACGUGAUCUUCGCCAGCAUGCCAACAGGUCCUACUGGUCUCCGGCUUCCGGUCAGUGUGCGGCGAAGAUAGCACUCGGGCAGGAUGUGUUUGAAGACAAAUGGGAAUUCCCGAGAUGUUACCUCACGAUAGAACACGUGAUCGGGGAAGGAGAAUUUGGUCAAGUAGUUAGAGCCCAGGCCUUCAUGCUGAAUGGUCAAGAAGGGAAUACAGUGGUUGCUGUCAAGAUGCUUAAACCUGAUGCUUCCGGAGCAGAAUACCAAGACCUUGUCUCCGAGUUUCAGCUCCUGAAAGAAGUGGAUCACCCAAAUGUUAUUAAACUGUUAGGCGUGUGUACACAAAAAGGGCCCUUGUACGUUAUUGUAGAGUACUGUCAGCUGGGCUCCCUCAGAAGCUUCCUGCGUGGCGCCAAGCUGAAGAGUAAAGCCCGAAGCUGGGAGGACAAACAGAGAAUUGGGGGCACUGAUGGCAGCUCUCAGGUCACUUCCACUACUCGGACCUUGACCUUUAGAGAUUUACUUUCCUUCGCCUGGCAGAUCGCUAAAGGGAUGGACUAUUUGGCGAGUCUGAAGAUUGUCCACCGUGACUUAGCGGCCAGAAAUGUUUUGGUCACUGAAGGGUUAAAGAUGAAAAUUUCAGAUUUUGGACUUAGUCGAGAUGUUUACGAAGCAGACGCCUACCUGAAAAUGAGCAAGGGCCGUAUGCCAGUUAAAUGGAUGGCCCCUGAGUCUCUGUAUGCACAGAUCUACACCAUGAAAAGUGAUGUAUGGUCCUAUGGAAUUGUCUUGUGGGAAAUUGUUACACUAGGGGCAUCACCAUAUCCUGGCAUUCCACCAGAAAGAUUAUUUCCCUUGCUUAGUACUGGUUACAGGAUGGACAGACCAGACGACUGCCCAGAAGAAUUGUAUGCAAUAAUGCAGAAAUGCUGGAAAGGGGAACCAGAAAACAGACCAAACUUCUCUACAUUGAGAGACAUACUGGAUCAUCUACUGCAACAGAAAACAGACUAUUUGGAGUUGUCCAAUGAAAAAUAUUUUAUAUCUAGUUUGGAAAAUGACAAUAGGAAACCCCAUUUAAAUCCCACUUAUGGAAAUGUUUGCUCCAUCAACAAAUGUCAGCCUGAUGCCUAUGUUACAUCACAAUGGCCAGUGGAAGAAUUUGGGGAGAACCAGUGUCCUGAAAUGUCCAAGCUGCUGAUUCCAUGUGAAAAUGACCUUGAAGUGACCAGUCAAAGUAAGCGACAUAGCUACUGUAAUGACGGAACCAAAGUUUGUGAUCGCCUUCUGGUCCACGAGAACCUAACUUAUGUCUAGUACUAAGUUGUGGUCAUGCUGUGUUUUCUUCAUCUUUGGACCAUUACCAGUCUAUAAACUCUAGUGGACCAGCUUGGCAUUUUAUGUUUUCCUACGGGUGUUGAGUUGGGUGGAGUUUCUUAAAGGAGAUGCUGAUCUUAAAGGGUAAUAAUUGUAUCUUGAGUCUCUAGUGAUGAAUGAGCUAGUUACUAAUCUAUGUCCUAUUUCUGACUUUAUCUCCACCCUUCUUACAAACCAGAGCAGCAACAUGUGGUAGGGUUCAAUGAUUAGUUGUUUUUUGUUUUUUUUAAGUAACAAUGUCAAAAAAAUGUAUAAUAUAUUUUAAAGCCUAAUUGGCAAAUCAGAUUUUAACGUUUCUAAGUUUCAAACAGUCUCUCAAUUUUUUUAAACAUUUUUUUUUAUUUUUACAACUGCCUUCAUUAAAUCUGUGAGAUUUGGCAAUUUUAUGUUUACAAAUUAAUUCAUUUCUAGAUUAGGUUAAAAUUUGGCAUGUUUUAUUUAAAAGAAAAUGUUUUCCGUUGGAAAUUUGGAAACAGAAACAUUUGGCUGUUUAAAUAGGCUCCUUUGGUAUACAAUUAUUAGAUCCAUAAAUUUGUGUUUCCUUAGAAAGUUCAAUUAAAGUGGAUUUUAAACAUGUAUUUACAAGGGGCAGGACUUUCUUGGCUUUUCUUACGCAUCCGCGCAUUCACAAAAUGAGGUUGUGAGGCUUGAGAGUGGUGCUCUCCUGUAAAUAAGAUACAUAUGGCAUAUUUACUAUAUAAAUUCUUAGAUUGUGUUGAUUCUACUUGUAUAUAAACAUGAAUGUUUGAAUUUUACAUCAUUUAUAUCAUUUUAGGCUAAAUGUACAAUUUAUGUUGCAUAAUAUUUCACACAUUUUUGUCAAUGUUUUAAAUAAUAUUUUUUUUUCUUAUUUAAAAUGCACCUUCAUUAAGUAGUUGUAUGAAUCUGAGCUAAUUAUAUUCUCCAAAUCUCAAGUCUUGUUAUUAUGAGACAUUAUUUUGUUCCCUAUAUAACAAUUUCAUUUUUUUUAAAUGCCAAAUUGUGAUAUGGUAAAAAAAAAAAAAGCUAUACAAAUUUUUAUCACUUUCUCAAAAUAAUUGAGAAUAAGUUUAAAACUUUAAAUGCAUGGGGCUCUUUGUAUUUAAAAAUCUAUAUUUGUCUUGCUUUUAAAUGGCGAAAUAGUUUUUGAGCACCUGUUUUAUGUUUGGAUUGGUGCGAUUGAAAAGAAAUACAUUGUAAUGUAUUUAUUUCGCUGUAUAUAUGUCUAGUAUAUCAGGAGACUAGUCUAAACAAACAAACUCAAAUGAUAAAUACAAAAAUAUUAUUGCCGAUUUAUGGACACUUCAAAGUGUAAAUUGAAAAACAGUAAAUAAUAAGUGCUGAUUAAAAAAAUUCCCAACACUAUAAUGUUGUGAAAAACACAAAUUAAUUGAUAAUCAAAAGAUGGACAUUAUAGAUAUCUUUGUACUACAACUUUAGAACAUUUUAGGAUUUAAAAAAAGAAGUCAGUGAUUUGCAAUUACAAUGGAAAUAUUGCCUUCUGUUCAAAUUGGAAACUAUUGCAAAUAAGGAGGCAGACAUCUAGGCCCAAACAUAACAUGAACAAGGAGGCAGACAUUGAGUCCCAAACAUAACAUGAACAAUGAGGCAGACAUUUAGGCCCAAACAUAACAUGAACAAUGAGGCAGACAUUUAGGCCCAAACAUAACAUAUAAACAGACAACUAGGCCCAAAUAUAACAUGAAAAGAAGGCAGACAUUUAGGCCCAAACAUAACAUGAACAAGGAGGCAGACAUCGAGGCCCAAACAUAACAUGGAGACAGACAUCAAGGCCCAAACAUAACAUGAACAAGGAGGCAGACAUCGAGGCCCAAACAUAACAUGAACAAUGAGGCAGACAUCGAGGCCCAAACAUAACAUGAACAAGGAGGCAGACAUUGAGUCCCAAACAUAACAUGGAGACAGACAUCGAGGCCCAAACAUAACAUGGAAACAGACAUUGAGUCCCAAACAUAACAUGGAGACAGACAUCGAGGCCCAAACAUAACAUGGAGACAGACAUUGAGUCCCAAACAUAACAUGGAGACAGACAUCGAGGCCCAAACAUAACAUGGAGACAGACAUUGAGUCCCAAACAUAACAUGGAGACAGACAUCAAGGCCCAAACAUAACAUGGAGGCAGACAUCAAGGCCCAAACAUAACAUCAACAAGGAGGCAGACAUCGAGGCCCAAACAUAACAUGAACAAGGAGGCAGACAUCGAGGCCCAAACAUAACAUGAACAAUGAGGCAGACAUCGAGGCCCAAACAUAACAUGAACAAGGAGACAGACAUUGAGUCCCAAACAUAACAUGGAGACAGACAUCAAGGCCCAAACAUAACAUAGAGACAGACAUCAAGGCCCAAACAUAACAUCAACAAGGAGGCAGACAUCGAGGCCCAAACAUAACAUGAACAAUGAGGCAGACAUCGAGGCCCAAACAUAACAUGAACAAGGAGGCAGACAUCGAUGCCCAAACAUAACAUGAACAAGGAGGCAGACAUCGAGGCCCAAACAUAACAUGGAGACAGACAUCAAGGCCUAAACAUAACAUCAACAAGGAGGCAGACAUCGAGGCCCAAACAUAACAUGAACAAGGAGGCAGACAUCGAGGCCCAAACAUAACAUGAACAAGGAGGCAGACAUCGAGGCCCAAACAUAACAUGGAGGCAGACAUCUAGGCCCAAACAUAACAUCAAUAAGGAGACAGACAUAUUGGCCAAAACAUAACAUGAACAAGGAGGCAGACAUCGAGGCCCAAACAUAACAUGAACAAUGAGGCAGACAUCGAGGCCCAAAAAUAGCAUGGAGACAGACAUAGAGUCCCAAACAUAACAUCAAUAAGGAGACAGACAUAGUGGCCAAAAUAUAACAUGAACAAGGAGACAGACAUAGUGGCCAAAAUAACAUGAAAAAGAAGGCAGACAUUUAGGCCCAAACAUAACAUGAACAUCUAGGCUCAAACAUAUAUAACAUCAACGCAGUCAAAAACAUUUUUACUUGAAAGCAACUAGUCUCAACUCUUCGUUUUGUUUGAUUGCUGUGUAUCUAAUGAGUGCCUUCAACAUAUUCCUUUGUUUCAUAUUUCUUCCUCGCUGACUCGUAUACCUCAGUGUCUGGUUCAUACUGGUUGAAACUGGUAUUAAAUCAUCAUCAUUAUGUCCGUCAUUUUGUUUCACUUAUCGACACUUGAUUUAUUCUUGUAUAUAUGAUAGAUCUACUACCACAUUCACUGACUUGUUCUCUUACUGUUAUCGUUCACUGUCUGUAUGAUUUCAUUUUGUUAUUUAUUUUUAAACUUGACGAUUAAAUAUUUACUUUUUUUUUGUAUUAAACAGUGCUCUUACAAA